AGGCGUUAUUUCAGCAAUUUUGGAAUCGGUUCCAACGCGAGCAUAUGCAAGGCCUGAUGCGACGAGCAAAGUGGAGAACAGAGAAACGGCAAUUCAAGGUCGGUGAUAUCCAUCGUCCUAGUCGUCAAUUCAAAUGCCGCGAGAGGAAAGUGGAGCCUUGCGCAUAUUGUCGAGGUCACUACCCUGGAAGAGACGGCAUAGUUCGGAAAGUGAAGGUAAAAACUAAGUCUGGAAAAUACCAGCGAUCAAUUCAGAAAUGUUGUCCAAUCCUAGAAGAUGAUUCCUUCUAAUCGUGGUGCCGGAGGGCUGGAUCGGACAGUUUACAUAUGGUUUGAUUAUUUCAGUUAUUAUUAUCAGAUUAUUUUGGUUAUUAAUCAUUUCGCAGUUGUUAGUGUAACCAGAGAACAUAAGAAUAUCGGAUUUAUUGUGAGACAAGCGUGCGAGAGAGUGAGAAUUUGUGAGUUUGACAAUCAGUGGAGAUCCACUCUUCAAGAAGCAGUGAAGCAUACAGUACGCAUAAACAUGAGUGGCGAACCUGAACGUAUCGGUCAGCUCCUUUCAAAUAGAAAGGUAUGCGACAAAUUGCUUGCUGGGUUACUCAACGAACUGGAAACGAAGCACAAGGAACAGAUAGACCUGAUUUUGAAGGCGCACCCGCCAGCCUCAGAUGAAAAUGCAGCCUUGAAAGGUCAUUCGCACAUUCACGGCCUACCCGACUAUAAUGAGAUGAUCAACAAAUUGGCUCUUCAUCCUCCUGUGGCUGCACUUCGAGAUCAGAUUAUUACUGACCCAGAAAUAAACAUGUUUUUCCAUCAAAUGUUCUGGCAACAACGAUCGCUGCCAGAUAUUUCGGAAGGAAAGAAAAUCUGGUGUUGGCAAAUCAUGAUUCUUCUUAUCAACAUGAUCAUGAGAAAGGCGCCCGAGUUUAACAAAACUCAUUUUGUUGGUUUUCCAAUCAACGUGAUCUUGAACUGGCCGAUGGCAACUACGGCUGGUUUUGCUGCGUUCCUGAACGAAAAAGUGAACAAAUUAUUCAAAAACAUCUUGAAUUACUGGGGCGAGUAUUUGUCCAGCUAUGAGUCUACGUAUGUCUUGAAUGAAAACAAGGAAUCUGGUUGGUUUGGUGAAGAUGCGAUGGAAGAAAUGCCGAAUUUUGUUAAAGAAUUUGAAUGUGAUCCUACUAAACCACACUAUGGCUUCACAUCGUGGGACGAUUUCUUCGUUAGGAAGUAUCGGCCUGGAAUACGGCCAGUCGAAUCUCCUGAAGACGACAAUGUCGUAGCGAAUGCCUGUGAGUCUGCACCCUUCAAACUGGCACAUGACAUCAAACAACGAAACUGGUUUUGGGUCAAGAAACAGUAUUAUUCACUGGAUCAUUUGCUCAACAAUAAUGCGAUGGCUAAGAAGUUUUAUGGUGGAACCCUCUACCAAGCCUUCCUCAGUGCAACCAGCUACCAUCGAUGGCACAGUCCCGUCUCUGGUCACGUUGUGAAAACAGAGUUGGUCGAUGGUUCUUACUACAGCCAACCUUACAACUUUCGAGACAAUGAUUCUCAGGGUUACAUCUGCCAAGUUGCUGCAAGAGGUAUCAUCUAUAUCCUGGCCGACAAUCCUGAUAUUGGUCUGAUGGUUUUUAUCUCUGUUGGGAUGUCCGAGGUCUCCACCAAUGAGAUUACCGUGAAGGAAGGUGACUACAUUAAGAAGGGAGAUGAAAUUGGAAUGUUCCAUUUUGGUGGCUCAACUCAUUGCCUCAUUUUCCAGCCUUGGGUGAAUGUUUCGUUUGAUUUACGUGGUCAAACACCUGGCACAUAUAAAGAUCUUUUCAAUAUCCCUGUACGAUCGAGAAUUGCCGUUAUUUCCAAACCGAAGGUUAAAGGAGGCAAAUGAUAUUGUCAUUCAUACUUGACUCUCUUUCAUUAUUUGCUGCUCGGUAAUUUGCUAAGCUGAUGUUGUAAGGUAUUUGUUUAGCAUUUGUUUAAAGCUAUUUUAGUAUAUCAAUAUUAAAAUAAAGUUAAUCA